GUAUUAAGUCAGGAUUCAUGCCACCUAUUACCAACUAAACCAAAAACAAUUAUUGGGUAUUAUCUGGCUUAUAAACCUAAUAAUUUAAUACCGGAUACAGAUUUUGAUAUCAGUCCAUCAAUUAAUUAUUUAAACUAUAUUGCAUUUGGUCUAAAUGACCUUGUUAAUAACAAUAAUAGCACAUAUAAUGAUUUUGGUAAACUCUCAUAUAAAAUAUUUACCGAACAAUUCAGCAAGUUUAAUGAACUAUCAAGUUAUAAGGCUGAGAAGAAUCUAACAUCUAAGGCAUUUCAUCUUAAUAUAAAUAACACAUAUGCAAGUGCUGGGAUAAAUAAAAUCACUCAAAUUUGGAGUUCUUGGAAUGAUUAUAUAGAUAAUUCAAAACUCGUUUUAGGCGUCGAAUUUGGAGGCAUCGUCGAAAUUGUUUUUUCCAAUAAUAUUAAGUCAGACAUUGAGAAUCAAUGUCUUCAAACAGUAAAUAACUCAACUUCAACACUCUCUAAGACUGAUGAAUAG